CCAAAAUAAAAGGAAAAAUGUGAACUCAAACUCCAAUCAGUUCUCUUAUUUUCAUUCUUUCCUUUGAUUCCUUCUUCCAGUGAAUCAACAAAUGUUUCUUCUCACACCAUAACAACUACACAUGAAUUUUCUCAAGAAAUUCAAACGCUUUAACCCUCUAGAACCUUCUAUAGCCACUUUCGGUUUCUUUUUCCUCUCUGUUCUUUUCAUUGGAUGCUUCUUCUACGUUGAUUACAAGGGUAUACUUCACUCCCAUGGAACCAAACUCUUUACCUUUCAAUUUUCAACUCUAUCUUCUUCUUCUUCUGAGUCAUCAUCCCCUCCUCCUCCUGUUCAAUUUAUGACUCCGCAGGGUGAUAAAUGUGAUGUUUUCGACGGAAAUUGGGUUUGGGAUGAAGCUUAUCCACUUUAUCACUCCUCAAAUUGUUCCUUCUUGGAUCAGGGCUUUCGUUGCUCUGAAAAUGGUAGACCUGAUACUUUCUACACUAAGUGGAGAUGGCAACCUAAAGAUUGCGACUUGCCGAGAUUUGAUGCAAGGAAGAUGUUGGAAAUGUUACGAAACAAGCGGUUAGUUUUUGUUGGUGAUUCGAUUGGAAGGAACCAAUGGGAAUCGAUGCUUUGUAUGCUAUCUUCUGCAGUUACUAACAAGACUUCUGUUUAUGAGGUGAAUGGGACCCCAAUCACAAAGCACACAGGAUUCUUAGCAUUCAGGUUUGCAGAUUUCAACUGCACUGUUGAAUACUACAGGUCACCGUUUUUAAUAGUGCAGGGGCGGCCUCCGCCUGGGGCACCUCGUCGGGUGAGAUUGACUUUGAGAGUGGAUCAAAUGGAUUGGACUUCUCAUCGGUGGAGAAACGCGGAUGUGUUGGUUCUCAAUGCCGGACAUUGGUGGAAUUACCAGAAGACAAUCAAAAUGGGUUGUUAUUUCCAAAUAGGGAAUGAAGUGAAUAUGAAUAUGUCUACAGAAGAUGCAUUCAGAAUAUCAGUUGAGACAGUUGUUGAUUGGAUUGCCCGUGAAGUAAACAGGAACAAAACAUAUGUCCUUUUCCGAACUUAUGCUCCUGUGCAUUUCAGGGGUGGUGACUGGAAUACUGGUGGUGGUUGUCAUUCGGAAACACUACCUGAUUUAGGCUUCUUACCGACACAGUCCGACAUGCAUUUCAGUACCGUCGCUAAUGUCUUGCCACAACGCGCAAAUAAAUCAGAAGUGCUGAAUUUGGACUUACUUAAUGUCACACAAAUGUCAGCACGCAGGAAAGAUGGCCACGCAUCUAUUUACUAUAUCGGGCCACAGAGAACAGCCUCUAUGCAGCGACAAGACUGUAGUCAUUGGUGCCUCCCCGGGGUUCCCGAUUCAUGGAACGAGAUUCUUUAUUCUCUAUUUCUCAAGAAGACUUUUUCAGGUCACAAUUCAACUGAAGUUUCUCAAGUUUCACUAUAAAUAGCUUAUACAGUUUGCGUGGAAUCGCACAUAUACAAAUCUUCGUCAACUCUACUUAAUCAUUGGCGAAUGGCAUGAAGCUGGAAGCUAAAUUUGCCAUCUUAAUUUUUGUGGCCAGUUUCACUAAUUGGUGCAACUAACUAUCUGUUAGUUUGCCUUGUGUAAAGCAAAUAAAUUAACAUGUUUGGUUUAAGAAAAAUGUUUCCUGUUUCUAUUUUCUAUUUUACUAAGAGUUACAAACACAUCCUGUAAUUUCACUUUAUUUCCUAUCUUUGAAGAUUUGUAGAGUAUAAACUAUACAAAAUAGUUUUCUUUUACAAAUCCUUGAAAAUUUGAAAUAAAGUGAAAAUAAGAUAUUGUGUUCAUAACUAUCAGUUAAAAUUGAAAAUACAAACAGAGAAAAAGUUUUCUUAAAUUGAACAUGCUAAGUUAUUAUUUAGAUGAAUGUGGAAUGGUGAAUUUGAGGCAUAGCAGAUAGCUUAUAGAAAAAUAACAAUCUUAGUAUCAGAAAGCAUACUGCAUUUUUUUGGACGGUAAAUCUCAAGUUCAUUGGUCUUGAAAAUAUUAGUGAAAGAUGUGCCAAGUUUUUUGUUA